AUGCAAUUUGUAAAUAAGUUAAUGUCAGGGUUCGUUGGCAACCAGGUUGUGUUUAGCAAUCAAUUCAUUCUGGGUCUUUGCGAGAAGUACCCUCGUGUAGCCUUUCUAAAUGAUAUUACAAACCUGGCACCUUUGAUGAAAUGGUCACUCUCAAUCGUACCAAUUACACAGAUCAUAUCAGGCACUAAGCCACCCGAGAAGAUUGACAUGUCUCAAUCAUUGUCUCUAUGCUCCACUGGCACCAUUUGGACAUAUUACUCCACAUUGAUCCAGCCACAGAAUGCUGGUACUAGAGCACUGGCCGCAUGCAAUCUGGCGAUGGCCUGUUGCCACGGAUACAAUGUCUAUCGUCGUUAUGACUACGAUUCAAAGGCCAACAACGCCGAGCCUGGUGCCGCCGAUGCUACGGCCACCAAGCCAGCGGCAGCA